GGGCCAAGCCCACCCGCGCGGUCCGGCAGAGCCCUGAGAGUGAGGCCGCCAUUUUAACCCUGAUUUUGGCCUCAAAGGCUUCUGGAGUUACAGUGAAUGAUGAAGUCAUCAAAGUUUUUAAUGAUAUGAAAGUAAGGAAAUCUUCUACACAAGAGGAGAUCAAAAAAAGAAAGAAAGCAGUUCUCUUCUGUUUAAGCGAUGACAAAAGACAAAUAAUUGUAGAGGAAGCAAAGCAGAUCUUGGUGGGUGACAUUGGUGAUACUGUAGAGGACCCCUACACAUCUUUUGUGAAGUUGCUACCUCUGAAUGAUUGCCGAUAUGCUUUGUACGAUGCCACAUACGAAACAAAAGAGUCUAAGAAAGAAGACCUAGUAUUUAUAUUCUGGGCUCCUGAAAGUGCACCCUUAAAAAGCAAGAUGAUUUAUGCUAGCUCUAAAGAUGCCAUUAAAAAGAAAUUUACAGGUAUUAAACAUGAGUGGCAAGUAAAUGGCUUGGAUGAUAUAAAGGACCGUUCCACACUUGGAGAGAAGUUGGGAGGCAAUGUAGUCGUUUCACUUGAAGGAAAACCCUUAUAAAAUGACAGUCAAGUGCCAUCUGGAUCUUAAGGAGCUUUCCAUUUCUCCCACUCAGUCAUUUGGAAUAUUAUUAGGUGUUUGUUUUUCCCUCUUUCCAUUCAGUUCUUCCAACACAAUGAAUGAAGGAAAUAUCAUUUAUGUAAGCAACCUGUCAGUGAUUGCCAUUAGACUGUUUGCUACCACUACUUUUAUGUAGAAUCCAAGGAAUGCCUUCCUGUCAUAUUUUAGCCAAAACAACUGGUUAUAUGCCUUCCAUGCAGCGAGCACUACAACGAAAUGUGAUUGUCAAUGUGAAUAGCUUAGAUUACUGCAAUGGGUAAGCUAAUUGAAUGCCUUGAAAGUAUUAUCCACUGGUCAAAUGGUAAACUUUAUUCAGUAUUAUUUAUAGUUGCACUUGAUUGCGGUUCUGUGAGGCUCGAGCAUUCAUACACCUCACCUGCCUUGGCAAGCCUAUUUUUUGUGACUUGGCAGCACGGAUAUAACACUAUGCAUUGAAAGCACUUUUUUGUAACGAGUUUAAUGUCCCCACUCCCAAAAGGAAUGCCAAUUAAGUUUUGUUAAAUAUGUCAGUUUAUUCUAGUACCUCAGUGUUCAUUCCUGUUACCUGUGUAUCUUAAAGGAAAAUAGCUGUUAUUAAUACCUUUAAUGUUUUCCAUUGAGUGUACACUACUGAAUAAGUGUAGGAAUUUUAUGUUUACCAUGUAAGUCUUGCAACACUAAAGAUAUUUUGAAUAUCAGUCAUGAUGGCAAUUUCUGUAUAAAAGAGCCUUAAAUGGAACAUUGUUUUUGAGCUCAAACCCCACCCUUAAACAAAUGGCCACGUUGCAAUAAAAAUUGUGGCAUAUUACA